AGCGCCCAUGGUGACGGUCCGGGCCGUGCUUAUCUAAAGGCAGGAUCUGAGGCGUGGAGGAGCCGCAGGCCACAGCCUGUGAUCAGGGCCUUCCUGCCUUCCGAAGAAUGGCCUCUGCUUGGCAGAGACUUGCUCUUUAUGCAUCUCUUCUGAAAAGGCAGAUAACUGGCGGGCCAGAUGUCAUCAAGUGGGAAAGGAGAGUAAUUCCAGAAUGUGCCAGAAGUAUUUACAGUGUUACGGGAGAGUGGACGAAGGAGUAUACAUUACAGACCAGGAAGGACGUGGAGAAAUGGUGGCAUCAACGAAUAAAAGAACAGGUCUCCAAAAUUUCAGACCCCGACGAAUCAAAGCCCAAGUUUUACGUACUUUCCAUGUUUCCGUAUCCUUCUGGCAAGCUGCACAUGGGCCAUGUGCGGGUCUACACCAUCAGCGACACCAUUGCACGGUUCCAGAAGAUGAGAGGAAUGCAGGUCAUCAACCCCAUGGGAUGGGAUGCAUUUGGAUUGCCUGCCGAAAAUGCAGCCAUUGAGAGGAAUCUGCAUCCAGAAAGUUGGACACAAAGUAAUAUUAAACACAUGAGGAAACAGCUUGAUCGACUGGGCCUGUGUUUCAGCUGGGAUCGGGAAAUAACUACAUGUUUGCCAGAUUACUACAGAUGGACUCAGUACCUCUUUAUUAAACUCUAUGAAGCUGGACUAGCCUAUCAAAAGGAGGCAUUGGUUAACUGGGACCCAGUAGAUCAAACGGUGCUAGCCAACGAGCAGGUGGAUGAACAUGGCUGUUCAUGGCGUUCUGGAGCGAAGGUGGAACAGAAGUACCUCAGACAGUGGUUUAUUAAGACUACUGCGUAUGCAAAGGCCAUGCAGGACUCCUUGGCCGACCUUCCGGAGUGGUACGGAGUAAAAGACAUGCAGGCCCACUGGAUCGGGGACUGUGUAGGCUGCCAUCUGGACUUCACAUUAAAGGUUGAUGGGCAAGUCACAGCAGAAAAGCUGACGGCCUACACAGCCACCCCGGAGGCCAUUUACGGCACUUCCCACGUGGCCAUCUCUCCCAGCCACAGACUCUUACAUGGGCACAGCUCCCUGAAGGAAGCCUUCCGGAAGGCCCUUGUCCCUGGCGCAGAUUGCCUCACGACCGUGAUGGCUGUGAACAUGCUCACCCAGCAGGAGGUCCCUGUGGUUAUCAUGGCCAAAGCAGACUUUGAAGGCUCUCUGGAUUCAAAAAUAGGAAUUCCCAGCACCAGCUCAGAAGACACCAUCUUAGCCCAAACCUUAGGUCUGUCCUACUCUGAGGUUAUUGAAACAUUGCCAGAUGGCACAGAGAGACUGGUCAACUCUGCCGAGUUCACAGGUAUGACCCGGCAGGAUGCUUUUCAGGCCCUGACUCAGAAAGCCCGGAGGAAGAGGGUGGGUGGACACGUGACCAGUGACAAGCUGAAAGACUGGCUGAUCUCGAGGCAGCGGUACUGGGGCACGCCAAUUCCCAUCGUCCACUGCCCAGCCUGCGGCCCCGUGCCUGUGCCUCUGGAGGACUUGCCCGUGACCUUGCCCAGCAUCUCAUCUUUCACCGGCAAGGGAGGCUCCCCACUGGCCACGGCUUCCGAGUGGGUGAACUGCUCCUGUCCCAGGUGCAAGGGAGCAGCCACGAGAGAGACAGAUACCAUGGAUACCUUCGUUGAUUCAGCUUGGUACUACUUCAGAUACGCUGACCCUCACAACACUCAGAGCCCCUUUAACACAGCCUUGGCAGAUUUCUGGAUGCCCGUGGAUUUGUACAUUGGAGGAAAAGAGCAUGCUGUCAUGCACUUGUUCUAUGCAAGAUUCUUCAGCCAUUUUUGCCACGAUCAAAAGAUGGUCAAGCACAGAGAGCCUUUUCAUAAGCUGCUGGCCCAAGGCCUCAUCAAGGGGCAGACAUUCCGCCUGCCGUCCGGACAGUAUCUGCAGAGAGAUGAAAUAGAUCUCACAGGUUCUGUUCCUGAGCACUCAAAAACGAAAGAGGCAUUAGAGGUGACGUGGGAGAAGAUGAGUAAGUCCAAGCACAAUGGCGUGGACCCUGAGGAAGUUGUGGAGCAGUAUGGGAUCGACACAAUUCGGCUCUACAUUCUUUUUGCCGCCCCUCCUGAGAAGGACAUCUUGUGGGACGUGAAGACCGACGCUCUCCCUGGGGUGCUGAGGUGGCAGCAACGUCUGUGGUCCUUGACAACCCGAUUUAUUGAGGCCAGGGCUUCCGGAAAUGUUCCCAGGCCUCAGCUGUUGAACAACGAGGAAAAAGCUGAGGCCAGGAAGCUUUGGGAGUACAAGAACUCGGUCAUCUCUCAGGUGACUGCCCAUUUCACAGAGGACUUCUCACUGAAUUCUGCGAUUUCUCAGCUGAUGGGACUCAGCGGCACCCUCUCACAAGCUUCUCAGCAGGUGCUUCUGCACAGCCCCGAGUUUGAAGAUGCUCUGUGUGCCCUGAUGGUGAUGGCUGCACCGAUGGCCCCUCACAUAACCUCAGAGCUCUGGGCAGGCCUGGCCCUGGUACCUCAGAAGCUGUGUGCCCACUACACCUGGGAUGCUGAUGUGCUGCUUCAGGCGUGGCCAGCCGUGGACCCGAAGUUCCUCCAGCAGCCCGACAUGGUGGAGAUGGCAGUGCUGAUCAACAACAAAGCCUGCGGCAAAAUCCCUGUGCCCCAACAAGUCGCCCGGGACCAGGACAAAGUACACAAACUUGUUCUCCAGAGCGAGCUGGGGGUCAGGCUCUUGCAGGGGCGCAGCAUUAAGAAGGCCUUCCUCUCCCCCAGAACUGCCCUCAUCAACUUCCUGGUGCAAGAGUGACUGCAGGGAGGCUGCAGCCACCGCCAGGGCCCCCAGGGAACCUCCUGCCAAGCCUGGAAUGAAGAGAAAGGAGCCUGCUGGCUCAGGGAAAGAGAAAGACAAAGGUUUUCAAUACUUACCUGGUACUAUGACAGACUAGAGUCAGCAGUGGGCUUCUGUGGGGAGGCCUGUGCAGGGGUGAUGGAGGGUGUGGGUAAAGGAGAAACAUGGGCAGUGGUUCCCUCGACCCCCGCCCUGCAGAGUGGAAGAAGCUACCUGACCCCACGUGAAACCACCAGAGAUGCUGCUGGGUGGGAGCAGGAAAAGAGAAGCAAGCAGGAAUGAGUGCAUUGCCUCUCAAGCAGCCUGGAAGCUUCUGAAUUCCGGAAAUUGCACUGCCUUUGGCACUCCUCGGAACACGAAGCCAAGCUGAGGAGCUGUAUGUGGCUCAGGAGCAGCGUGGGCAGUCAGCGUUGACCCAGUAACUGAGCUCAGGAUUCUGAUGUAUGGGCCCCACAACUUCAGGCAAAAUAAAUGAAGCCAUUUGGGUCUUGUUCAAAUAUCGGUAUGUGGAAAUGGACACUGGGGUGUUCUGAAGUUGUUCUGAAAGGCAGCAGUGCUAGUCGCUCUGCCCCAGUCCCCACCACCCCUCAGCUCUGCGGUGCGGGCCUCUUCCGCCCCACCUGGGCAGAUGCGCUGCAGGGCCUGCACUGGUGCUGAUGCGCCGGCUCUCGGGCGAAGCCCCACUUCCUCACGUGGAUGACAGACGAGCAGCACUUCAUACCCGCUCCCCCAGGGUGGAACAUUUGCUGCGUAGUGGAGCGGAAGCAGGCUUCGCGCUGCUGGUCCCCAAUCUCAGAACCCCACCACAGCCCAACAGGACGUCUGCUCACAUGGGCCCCAGAUGGUGAUGCGGCCCCAGAGCCAGCCGUGAAGAAGAGCGAGCUCACUGCACCGGGGUGAUGCUGAAAGUGCCCGUGCAGUGCUUUCUCAUCUUCAGAGCUGCAGAGGCCUGGCUGCUAGGGGGAUGGCCAGGAGAGAACCCCGGCCGGUGGUAGAUUAGGGCAGCCCUGGUUUACGUGAAGUCAGCAAUUGAGGGCUCUUACCAGAACUGGCCAGAGGCAAUGAUUAAUAUUUAAUGGAGGAAGACAGGAGACAAUCUACCCUUUGUGUUGCUGAAAAUCUAUAUUUGUUUUCUGAUGUCAUUUUUCAAAGUAGCCUCAAUGCGGUCUCCUGCAGUUCAACAGUGAACAGAUGACUUUUGUAAUGUAAUAAAAUGUUUAUCCUGUAUGACUUUGGGAAUAUGUGUGAACUUGGACUUCCCACCAUAUUCCAGUGCUAGGAGUUAAUCAGUAACAGGUUGAGGUAUUCCAUCAUCAUCAGAAGCAUUGGUUAUGUUCCUAACACCCCAUAGAAUGUUCUGAAGUGAGACAUAUGCGGUCCUCCUCGCUCUGGAACUUUCAGUGGAUGGCAGACAGCACUGAUUCAAGACAACAGUGAUUCAAGCACAUUGGCAACAGCAAUUAAAUCAUUGGUUGGCUCAAACUUCUAUCUGAGAAACGUAAUACUACGCCUGGUCCCCAUGCUCAGAAAUUCCAAUUUAAUCGGUGUAGGGUAUGACUUGGGUAUCAGGAUUUUUAGAAGCCCCCCCAGUGAUUCUACUAAGAAACAAAGUUUGAGAAUAACUGGCUUAAUCGAUGCAUUCAAACCACAAUUUCUGUCUAGUCCUACCUCUCUCCAGUCUUCAGUUUAACUGGAAUGUGUUUGGUCCAGGACCAAGAGAUGAGGAAGUGAAGUUGCGAAAGACUAGGAGCAGAAGAGAACUCAGGGGCAAGAACUGUACACUAGGGAUUUAAGACAUCACCAGUGCUGACUUGAAUACACACAACCCCAUUGCGUGGACUAAAUAUACGCAAAUGGAUGAGGGGUUUGGUGCAAGGAGUGAGGAGUGAGUGCUUUUACUUCAUUGCCUUUUGUUUUCCCGAGUAGUCUAGAACCAGCUGACGAGGGUAGAAAGCCUUUCGUCUGCACGUUAUCUGGCCAGAGCAAUGGGCCCGUAAAACCUCUGAGCUACUGGACUGACCAGUUGGCAGAUACCAGCAUGAGUUUGGAGAACCUGUUCUCCAAGAAAAAUAAAACUUUUGAAAACAAGAUCUUAUUGGUACUUACUAAGAAAUAAUAGAUAUAGUGGAACAAUUGAAUAGAAGACCCUGAUUCCUAGGGGUGGGAAGGGAGGUGAGCUUAGUCAGUUCUUGAUUAGGACAAACACUGGAUUCGGCAAGUUCACUUACAUUAUCUUGUUUAAUUUCCUCAAAAUCUCUAGAGGGAAGGAAUUAUCCUCUUGUAAAUAUGAGGAAACCAAGAACUCCAAAGCUCAAUAAUGUGCUCAGUUUCACAGUUGAAAGUAGAAAAGCCGGGAUCCAAAUCCAUGUCUUCUGGCCUCCAAACCCUCUUAUGCCACCCACUAUGUCUAGUUGUCCCCUCCCCUAAUUGCCCAUCUCACUUGAAGUUCAACCACUGGGGUCCUGAGCAGAGUCUGGCUGAGUCUCCCCUCCUGCAAAGUCUUUAGAAUCUGUAAAACCCGGGAAGUCUUGGCUGUGGUGCCCUCGGUACAGGAGCAGGUGUUGGAUGAGAGGCCCACAGCGUGGGGAUGAUUCCAUAUGAUGGGAGUGGAAGUUGUUGCCAAGCCAGUGGACACCCAGGCUUAUGGGUGGAUGUCAGGCCUAUUUCUGUUGGGGAAAUGAGUGAAGAGUUUGUGCACAAGGAAAAUGGUACCUGGGAAGCCCCACAGCAAACGCUAUCACAGUAGGAGCCGACUGUCUGCCAAAGAAAACAGCCAAUCUGUAGGUCCCUAAACAAACAAUAGGUGUGCUGGGAAAUGACAUAGGCAGGCUUCAUCCAACCUAAAGACACCUUCAGGAAAGUGGUUGCAUCUCAUUAAUGGGAGAGGAGGCAGCCAGCAAAGACAGUUUUAAAAAAACAUGGAACAGUAGGGAAAACUUCUCAUGAAUAAAGCAGGAUACAUUUACCCUGUGGUCCCAACCAUAAUGUUUUUUUAAAAUUCCAACUCUUACAAAGAAAAAUGAAAGAAGGAUAUUUUCCCACAGAUCAUUGGAUGGAAGACCUACAAGUGAAUUUUCCUUUUUUGCAUUUUCAAUUCUUUUAUUGGCUAGUGUGGAGGAAAACAUCAAAAUGUACUAUUUUGCAAAGUCGCAAACGAGCUAUGGACCCCUCCAGUUUCUUUUUUUUCUCCCAGGCAGGGUAUCUAGCUGCCUAGGGGGAUAUGCCCCGGUUAGGAAAACACGCUCCUUCCAUUGUAUGAAGUGGGAUCCAAAAAAACAAAAAAGCCCCCCUAAAGCUGUUCGUACAGUCCCUCAGUUUGGGUAGGGAUUGGAAGUUUCUUUUCAUCUCUCAGCUUAAGAUCUUGCAGACUGAGGACAGAACAGAGGGUGACAUUCGCUUAAUGGAGCUCUCUUGAUGGGCAAAGCAAUAUGACAGCCAAGAGCAUGGAGUCUGGGGUCCACCAGACCUAGGUUUAAAUCCUGGCUGUGCCACUUAAAAUUCCAGUGACCUAGGCAAGCCAUGGAAAAUGUCUGAACCUUUGCUUCCUCAACUGUAGAACAGGAGUAAAAAUAAUAAUGCUGUCUGGUGUGAGGAUAAAGUGAGAUAAUGUGUGUAAAGCACAUAGCACAUGAUAAAUUCUCAAUACGUGAGAACUGCUUAUUGUGGUUAAUCUUGGCCUGGUAAGAAUAAACUGAUGGUCUAGAAUGGGAUCGUCUUUGGUUAAAAAGAAGAAAACAUUUACUAAAAGAAGCGUUUACAAAUGUCAGUCCUCAUCCCAGGCCCGUGAAGGAAAAAAAGAUUUAACCAGUAAACUCGGAGGAUUUUUUAUCCUGUUGGCAGAGUCGGCCCUAUUAUAGGGUAUCUUCAUCUCAUGUAAUGAAACCUUAGUGUUACCUACUCCCCAUGUUCUGAUUCCAUGCAUUCUU